CUGUCUAGGAACUUUGGGGUCCAGUGCUCUAGAUGCUGGGGUAGGGUUAGGGCGAGUUCCCCUCGUGCGGUCCGGAGAAGACCUGGAGUGGAAUGAGGCUCUGCUGUCUGAGGUCCUGGUCCUGCGGGUCCGGCCCUCCCGCGCCGCCCACGCAGGGCCCACAAGGCGGAGACCAGACCACCCCGGGCCUUGGGGGCGGAGCUUGGCCACUGUGCUCUCAGCGGAAUCAUGAGCCGUUGCCCCCGCAGGUGCAGGAGCCCAUUGGGGCAGGCAGCACGAUCCCUCUACCAGCUGGUGACUGGGUCGCUGUCGCCAGACAGCGUGGAGGAUGACUUUGAACUGUCCACCGUGUGUCACCGGCCCGAGGGUCUGGAGCAGCUGCAAGAGCAAACCAAGUUCACUCGCAAAGAAUUGCAGGUCCUGUACCGAGGCUUCAAGAACGAAUGUCCCAGCGGAAUUGUCAGUGAGGAGAACUUCAAGCAGAUUUACUCCCAGUUCUUUCCUCAAGGAGACUCUAGCACAUAUGCCACUUUUCUCUUCAAUGCCUUUGACACCAACCAUGAUGGCUCAGUCAAUUUUGAGGACUUUGUGGCUGGUUUGUCAGUGAUUCUUCGGGGAACCAUAGAUGACAGGCUGAACUGGGCCUUCAACCUGUAUGACCUCAACAAGGAUGGCUGCAUCACCAAGGAGGAAAUGCUUGAUAUCAUGAAGUCCAUCUAUGACAUGAUGGGCAAGUAUACGUAUCCUGCACUCCGAGAGGAGGCCCCAAGGGAACAUGUGGAGAGCUUCUUCCAGAAGAUGGACAGGAAUAAGGAUGGCGUGGUGACCAUUGAGGAAUUCAUUGAAUCUUGUCAAAAGGUACAGGUCCCCACCCUCCCCAUUUCCCUGGUCUGGACUCAGGGCCUAACUCAAUAAUAUAGGAGAAGGCUCCUGAACUCACCCCCACUCCCAAUCCUGUUCCUUCACAACUGGGGGAGGCCUGCCAUUCUUCACCUCUGGUCUCUCUGGGUGUCUCCUUCCUCGUUGCCUCUCUGUGUUUCUGAAUGUCCUCAUUUAUGACUCAGUGUCUCUCCCUGCCUCUGAUAAGCUCUUUUUCUUUCUUUCUCCAAUCUGCCUCUCUCACACCAUGGCUACAGGAUGAGAACAUCAUGAGGUCCAUGCAGCUCUUUGACAAUGUCAUCUAGCUCACCGGGAGAGGGGGUCAGUUGUCCUGGGGGGGCCAUGCUCUAGCCCUAGUCCAGUUGGGCCUCAUCUUUCUCUUCCUAGCUCUCUCCUCACCCUAGACCUGCCCUAGGGCCUGUAGGAAUCCAAGAGCCUGGGGAUUCAGUGGUUCAGAUCAUUGGAGCCGAAGGAGCCAGGGAGUGGGCAGAGUGUAUCAGCUGGUAUUCCCAAUUCCCAACAGCUCCCACUGCCUCCCUGACCGUGCUGAGGAUGCCCCUGCUGAAGGAAUUAAGUGGUUCUCCACCUCCAACCCCCACUCUAGAAACUGCAACACUAGACAAAAUUUCUCCUGUUAUGGUGCUUCCCCCAUCCCUGAUAUCGUAAACAUUUUCCUUAAGACUCCCUUCUCAGACAGGUUGCUCUGUCCUUGGCACUGAUUGGCCUUUCAGACCAGGGCCUGAGAGCUCCCUAGGAGAGGGACAAGGGAGAACUCUCAGGCUUCAGGCAGUGGUUGAGUCCUAGGAAGUAGCUGGAGUGUAAAGCAGAAAGGCCUGGAGAUGCUGAGAGCUAAGGCUAUGACUCUGAGCUCCACAGGUCUGCCACCAGAAUAUGAGUUUCCAGGCUCUUUAGAAGACCUUGGCUCCUUAGAAACACCCCAGAAAUUCUCCAUACCAUGUUCAGUAUGCCAAGAGAUCCUGGGAUCGUGAAGUCUGGCUCAUCCCUAGAAUUUUUCUCUCUCCUUCCUUCCUGUUUGUAUGGUGGCAGCAGAAGAAUAUGGCUGGGAGAUGUCCCGGCUGAUUCCUGCCAAAGGUUCAGCUACCAGUAUGGAGUGAGUUAGGGACCACCCAGUGGAUGCAUUAGAAGAAAAGGGAAGGAGGGAGGCAGGCAUAGCACCUACACCCAAUGUGGGGGGCAUUCAUUAGAAUCUUUGAUCUACCCAGGCUUUAGAUCAACCCCCCAGAUAGCUCCCCCCCAAUUCCCUUCUAGUGUCGCCUCUUGCUCUAUUAAAUCUACCCAGAGAUGCCCCUGAACACACCUAGAAGUCAGGAAUCAUAGGAACCAGGUCCCAUAUCAUCAACAGCACCCCUGCCAUGCUGCCACCCCUUAAUACACCUGCUUGUCCCAUUAGCUAGGAUCUGAGGGGAAGGGCCCCUGGGAAGCUCCCUUUCCCAUCAGAACACUGUUGACUGCUUUGCAUUUUUGGCUCCUCUGUAUAUUUUGUAAAAUAAGAAAUACACCAGAUCCAAUAAAACACAAUGGCUAUGCACAGG